AUGGGCACCUGGAAUAGGGACCGGGAACCGGGAACUGGGGUCCCGGGGCCCCUCCCGGUCACCGCCGCCGUUACCGGCAGGGGCGGGGCCGGGUGGGCGGGGCCGGCCCAUGGGGGGCGGGGCCUCUCGCCGGGACCGGCGGGUCCGGCCCCCGCCGCCACCGGAAGGGCCCGGACCGGCCGCGGCCGCCAGCAUGAGCGAGCGGGUGCUGUGCAGCGCCCGGGCCGCGGUGCUGCUCUACGAGGAGGGGCAGAAGCUGUGGGUGCCGGCGGGGGCCCCCCCCAGAGCCCCAGCUGUGUCCAGCUGUUCCACCAGCCCGGCACCACCUGCUUCCGCCUGGUGGGGCGGCGCCUGCACCCCGAGCAGCAGGUGGUGCUGAACUGCCCCCUGGGCCGGGGGCUGCGCUACAGCCAGGCGACCCCCCAGUUCCACCAGUGGCGCGAGGGCCGCCGGGUCUGGGGGCUCAGCUUCGCCGCCCCCGCCGAGGCCGCGCAGUUCGCCGCCGCCGUGCUGCGGGCGCUGCAGGCGCUCGAACAGGGAACGCCUUGGCCCGAGCUCGAUGGUUCCGCCCCGGAGCAGCUGGAGCAGCCGGACAGGCCGGUGAUGGACGAGUCCGAGCGCCGAGCAGGUGAGUGAAGGGGGGGGGCUUCAACCCUGACACCCCCCCCCAAAAUCCCCCUCACUGACCCCG